UUCCUGCUAACGCAAGACGCAACCAGUCUCUCGGCAAGGUACGACGAUGUUGACGCUUUCCGCCUCGGACUCGUCCGGCGCCAUUGCCAACGCCAACCAAGCGGCGACGCUCGCCCGAUAGUCGCCGCGGCGACGGGAUAUCACCGCCCCCGGUAUCUCCGACGCGCGACCCCGGACUCCUGCCGGAGCUUUUUCGGAGGCGCUCGCCGAAUUCUUUACCUCCCCCGCUCCACCACCACCACACGGAUGCCCCCCCGCCCCUCCGAAUCACCUCUGCGCGGGCGACGCAACUGCCGGCCGAGCCAGUAUCGCCGCCGUUGAUGUUCAGCCGGGAAACGUUCCGGGACAUUCCAAACACUCUGUGCCUGAAGUUCGACGCUGAAUCGUGUGCAAGUCCAUUUCACCCAUAGAAGAAGACCAUUGCGUUCCGAGGCAGCUGGCGCACAGAAUGCCGUGCCCUGACCCUUGUCCCAGCGGCGGAGCAGCGCUGAGGGCGAGGUCUGUGUUCUCGGCUACCCUGGCAGUCAAUUUCGUGUAGCACCACUCCCAGGGGCUGAAGAGAUAGCGUUACGGAGUCCGUCAUCCGCAUCCCAUAACUCGAGGCACUAGAAUGGCUCCCAAACCAGAAACUGAGCGCGGCUGCUCCAGAGUGUGCGUCAUCCUACUCUACCUCCUUGGAAUGAUCCUCAUCAUAGCAGGCAUCGUCGCCGGAGUCUUCAUCCUCAACUAUCCGGACUUCUUGAUGUUCUUGGCGAUUGGGUCUGGUUCGGCCAUCCUGCUCGGAAUUGUUUUCGUGUCACUGUCUGCUUGUGUGUGCACCAAACGCCGCCAGCAGCCAUCCAAACAGCCCAUGGAAAUGUUCAAGUCCCCGACGCUGAACGGAAGCAGCGUCAAAGACGGCUCUUUAAACGACCUGAAGGAGGUGUCCGUCCGCUCUAGAGACGGCCCAAACGGCAUUACCUCGUUAUCGCGAGCCAGCGAUGGCUUUCUUAACACGGCUGUGGCGAAAGGGGAGUUCUUCCACAACUCGUCCGUAGAUGUGCCCGGGACCAAAAAGCAGCAAAAGCCGGUUACAAGCUCACCUCGCACUGUGAAGGCGAAGGUUGGCGACCAAGACUUCCAGGAGUCGCCGAAGAUUCCCGAGAUCCCUAAAGCUCCCAGGGCUGCAGACAGCCUCAAAAAAAGCAAGCAGAAAAGCGCGAAGAAAUUUCCCAAUGCCCCUUCGAGUGUCAGUGACUUUGCUUCUCUGGGCCUGCACGCCAACGAUACAGUGUUUGGCAGCUCAACAGUCAUGAAGGAAGCGCCCAAACCUGCCGUCAAGGGUCGGGGUCGCGUGCCUCUGACAGCGUUUAAACAAACCUCCAAGUCUGUCUCAGAUCUGGACGAUGAGACGUCCUUCGACUCCGCGGUGAAGCCUGCGCAGCACCAGCAGAGUAGUGCUCCCAAGUGCGGCACUCCGCAGCUGGAUCACAGGUUGGCGGCGAGCUGCCACAAUAUUCUCAGCGAAGAGCCGGUUCGCGUCGGUAUCGCCUACCUAAGGCAGCGGGAAGCCACGGCCGGAAAGCCCCCAGUGCCGCGCAAGGUAACGGGCAUCGCCCUGCCCGGCAUGACGCAACGCCCACCCGCGGCGCCAGGAAGUACGUCCCAGAGCCAGGAUGACCUGAGUCGAGUUCGCCGGAAAGCGGCCGAACCGAGCGCCGCGAAGCUGUCUGGUCCAUUACGGGACCAACGUCCACCGGACAUUCAGAGGCAACUCCAGCACAAGUCGGUCCCUGACCUUUUCCUGGACAAUUCAAAGGCAAACCUUUUAGACACCAGCAACAGUUCCUACAGCAAGUCGACGAGGACGACAGGGUAUCCCUCUGAACUGGACACAACGACCUCUUCGUACGAACCCGUCAGGCCGGUGGAUCUGGAGAAGUAUAACACCGUGGGGUUGCCGACCCCUCCGCCGUCGUUGCAGCCCAAGCCGUUCCGCUCGACAGACGCGCAGCCGUUCCGAAUGUACGCGCCGAAGCAGUCCAACCCUGGCCCCGACAAGCAGCCGCUCAUGUCGGAGUGGACAGUGAGCAUCUCGUCGAAGAGCGAUACGCUUUCCAGUGACGAUGCGGACUGUCAGCGACAGCUGAGCUCGUCUCAAGAACUCUUGAUGGGGAGCAACAAGUGCCUCGAAACCGAAAUAUAGCGCGCUCUGCUAAGGCCUUUCGCUUGCCUUCUCGGAUAUUGAACUCACGCUGUCACACCCCCCGACUGUCGUUCGGAACCUGCCAGAAGCUUUUCCGCCCCGUUUGACUAGGGAGAGAUGCGUCAGAAUAAAUGUGAGAUGCCUGUAUUCCGCUGGCAACAGUGACAGAAGUCUUGCGGGAAAGAACCUGGUUUGUUUUCGAUACUUUUCGUGUGGUGUUUCCUGCGUACGUAACUCUGGGAAGGCGUGCCUUUCGUGCCUGGACCAAGAGAACCAUCAAAGUGUUCAUUGAAAAUUCAUUCAUUAAGUGCCUACUAUUCACCACAGUGUGGCAUUUUUAUGUUUCUGUCUUUCAGAAAAAUGGCGUCCAGAAGAACGCUUUAUCAAUAAAAUGCUUGUCUCGUGUUA